AUGUUGAACUGUAGCAUCUUUUUAGGACCACUGAAAGUGAUCAAGACAAGUCACUUCAUUCCCCUUUUACCAAGUUCCGAGGUGGUGCAUUGCUUCGGUAUCUUCUUGACAGAGGCUGCGAUCCUAAUGUCUUCAAUGGCAGUACGGGCUUAUUUAGAGUCUUUCCAAUCCAGACCCGCCGAUUUGAUAGACGCUGUGGCGCAUCGAAGGUACAAAUGGCAACUCAAGCUACUGCACUCCGUGGGCUUCUCAGAUUGGAACCCUACACGCCAAUCAUCGAUGUCGUUACUACAUGCCGCUGCUUACUACAACGAUAUUCCAAUGCUUCUUUUUGGCAUGGGGGCCAUUGGAAUAGAUCCGAAUACUGGAGAUAACUACAUGACGCCGCUUCAUGAGGCUAGUAUGGGCAACAGCGUUCUAGCCGGCUCAAUACUGCGCGAAGCGUGUGCAGAUAUCAACUCUGGGCAUGGCGUUUGGGGUGGCACACCUUUACAACGCUGUAUGGAAUUCAAAGCUUACGAAAUGGGCCACUGGCUUCUCCAGUGUGGCGCAAAUACCAACAUAUCUGACUCUUUGUUAAACGAUGUAUGGACUGGGUUUUGGGAAAGGAUGAUGACAAGGGUAGUAGGUCGGAACCAUGACGUUUGCUUUGACUUUCUUAGAGAAGAGGCGAUGCUCACCCACCUUCUUCUCCAUGACUCAGACCCGCACCAGCUAUUUAGGACUGUUUGGAUUCAGCAUUUCGAUCAUGGCAUUGGAUUCUUUAAAGCAUGGUAUGAUUACUGUGGGCAUAUCCAGACCCCUGAGGUAGCAAGAGCCUGCAGCUACAGGAUUCGAGGCCUCUUAUUCUACCCUUCGGGAUCAGACGAGAACGGUAGGGCCCUGUGCGGCUUUCCGAAGGAAGUCAUUAUACAAUACGAAGAUGCAGAGCACACGAGAAGACCUGCAAGAACUAGUUUGUGGUGUAGCAGGGGACACAUUUACCUAGCUGAAAGAGACACGCCAAAUGAUGUUGGUUCUGAUAGGGACAGCGAUUCAGAUGAUUCACUGGAAUCUUCUGAUGACGAUACGGAUUCAGGCAGCGAAGAUGGUGACUGUGAUUGUCGAAAACAGCACCGGAGUUACAAUGACAGGGACAGCGGUUCAAGUCUCUGUAACUGUGAUGUUGACGGGGGAGACAACCAGAAUGUCCGACCAGGGAUCACACUCUUUUACGAUACGAUAUUCACACCGGAAGGUCAACUACGCAUGUCUCGAUUCCCGUUCGUUUGCCUGCUCACGAACGCCUUGUGUAUGGCCGGCUACCGAGCGGAAAUGGAUGAGGACGGGGAUAUCUGGUACGAAGAUGAAGAUGGCGAUAGCUAUCACGAUGCUCGGGAGUUUCAACCGCACGAAGAUGAGGAUGACGGGCUUGCUCGUAACUGCCCGAUGUGUCAAAACCCAGAGAAGUACGGCUUGGGGCACAUUUUCGAGGAAGCGGAGAGAGGGAGGAAUCUUCUUUUGGAGUAUAGGGCGAGAGCGAAGACGCAGAAAAGGACGUACUUCUGA